AUGGAAAAUGAUAGAAAAUACGAAAGCAUUUGUUUGCCCAAAUCUCUCUCUGUUCCCGAACCCUAACUCAGCAUAUUCAUCAGAUUGAUCACAAAUCCAUGGCAAAACUGCAGUUUUGUCAUGGUAUCAGAGCUUAAACCGCUGCUCUGCGAAAUUUGUCAUGGAAUCCGAUUCGUCUGAUUAAGAUUCUUCUUCUUCUCCCUUUUCUCCUUCUCUCGAUAAUCCUUCACAUCCCUAUUUCUUACACCAUGGAGAAAAUCCAGGUGUUAUGCCUGUUACCGAUCGUUUAAAUGGUGAUAAUUACCAUUCUUGGUCACGGUCCAUGUCCAAAGCCAUCAGUGUGAAGAAUAAGACCGGAUUCAUCACAGGAAUUCACAAAAAGCCGAAGUCUGACACAGAUCCACUCUAUUUGCCAUGGAUUCGGUGUAAUGACAUGGUAGUUUCGUGGAUCCUCAAUUCGGUGGCAAAGAACAUUGGAUCCAGCAUUCUCUACAUUGACAAUGCCUCCGAUAUGUGGAAAGACUUACAGGAUCGCUUCUCACAAGGUAAUCGUCCACGAAUUUUUCAACUACGUAAGGCGAUUAGUUUCUUAAAGCAAGAUCAUAAAUCUGUGAGUGAUUAUUAUACUGAAUUGAAAUCAUUUUGGGAUGAGCUAGCAAAUUAUAGACGAUUACCACAGUGUUCUGUUGAAACCCUAAGGUUUUUUGAAGAAAUUCAACAAGAGGAGUAUGUAAUGCAGUUUUUGAUGGGGCUAAGUGACUCUUUUAAUAGUAUUCGAAGUCAGAUACUAUUAAUUGAUCCCUUUCCUUCUAUGAAUAAAGUCAUAUCUUUGGUUCUUCAAGAAGAGAAACAGAGAGAGAUUAGUUUGGAGACUUCUGUCCCUAGCCUUGAAUCGGUUGCUGCUUUGACAGCAAGGCCUGCGAAAAUUGGUACAAAUGUUGCUAAGCAAACCAAUUUUCGAAAGGAUAAACCUGUGUGUAGUCAUUGUGGAUACACAGGUCACACUUCUGAAAAGUGUUAUAGGAUUCAUGGUUUUCCUCCUGGUUUUAAAUCCAAAAAAGGAAAUAAUGCUUUAGCCAAUCAAUCUUCUUCACCUAUGGGUAAAUCAAGUGAUGAUACUCCGAAGUUUUCUUUGUCUCAAGAUCAAUAUCAGCAGCUACUUGCCAUGCUCAAACCACAAUCUAUUUCAUCAUCAGUGAAUCAAGUCAGCUCUGGCAUUUUACCAACUCCACAGCCACCUUCUACUGAUCAUUUUGCAGGACCUGCCUACAUGGAAAACGAUUGGGAUGGCUGAGGAGAAGGCUGGCCUUUAUUACUUAAAGCAAAGUUCUUUGGUUGGUUGUUCUGUUUCUUCUCCUUCAAUAAAUCAGAAUGUUAGUCUAUGGCAUUAUAGGUUAGGCCAUAUUUCUUUUUCCAAAUUAAAGUUUCUUAAUAGCAGUGUUUCAGAUUUACAUAUAUCAAAAUCAAAUAAUUCUUGUACUUGUGCAAUCUGUCCUUUAGCUAAACAAAAAUGUCUACCUUUUCCUUCUAGUGCAUCAAAUUCAGUUUCUCCAUUUGAAUUGA